AAAUCAUAUUCUCUUCCAGCCAGUAUUUGUUCUAUUGCAAACCAAUAUGCUCUUAAACUAAAUUUUUAAAGUUCACAUUUGUCAGCAUCUUUUAAAAAUGUAUAUUAAAACGUGAACAAUGCUCCUUGCAUAGGUACUCAACCCCUAGUACUUGAUAGAAUCACCUUUUUCUUCAAGAAUAGCUUUAAGUCUGUUGGAGUAACUUGUUACCAGCUUUGCACACAAUUUGGGAAUGAUUUUCACCCCUUGGCAGAUUAGCUUCAGUUGUACAGGAUAGUUGGAUGAUUGAUCAGAAAUUUUAACAUAAUGCUACAGAUUCUUGACUGGAUUAAGAUCUAGACUUUAGCAAUUGUAGAUUUUUCACCAUUCGGUCAUCCUGUGUUGCAUUGGUCUUGUGCUUGGGAGAAUUGUCCUGCUGAAAGCUGCAGUUUCUUCCAGACUUUAUUUUUAUCAUAGUAGGCCGAUUGUGUAUUUUGAGCCAUCUACCUAUCCUUCAGAUCUAUUAGUUUGAACAAGACAUGCAGUCCCUGCAGGUGAAUGGUAUCCCCACAUACUUCACUGUUGAGGGGGUGGUUGUUGAGGAAUGUCCAGUGUUAGGUUUGUACCACAAAUAGUAUUUUGUAUUUUAGCAGGGUCACUUUUUUAUGCUUUCUGGGAAACCCUAGACAUGCAUUGAUGUGAUCUUUCCUCACAAGUGGCUUCUUUUGCCACAUUCCCAGUUGUAUACAUAACUCUUGAUACUGUUUGCUGGUGCACCUUCAUUCCACUUACAGCCAUUGAGCUCCGUACUCAGACUCUGAACUCAGCAUGAUUAUUGGCCACUCAAUCAUUCAAAAUCUCCUUUACCAUGUUGCUGAGUUUUGAGAGGCGGCUUGUUCUAGGCCAUGCCUAGGUGAAGUGAUUCACUUUCAGUGCUCACUGGAAAAUCCAAACACUUGGAUAUUAUUUUGUGACCAUGUCUCAUCUUGUGCAUAUUAAGAAGUUUUCACAGUUUGUUUUCAGAUUCACCAUCUCACCAGUGGUUCUUGAAUUAAAUGCAAACAUUUUAAUGAUUCACAGAAAGAGGUUAAUUGUAAGCUAAAUGUGUCCUUGUUAGGGCAGAAUCUUUCAUCUUAGCACAGGGGUGAAUGCAAAUGGAAUUUUUCAGUUAGUAAUUUGUCACAGAAUAUUAUCUUACAUAAUAGCCAAUUGAAAUAAAUAAAGUAUUUGGAAAUAAAUUACAUGUGAACAGAAAUAAUCAUUUUUAAUAAUGACGUUUACCGCAAUUUCCUGUUCCACUAGGGGGAAGUAGAGGUUUUAUGUUUUUAAGAGCAUGUAUUUUAUUGCAGCUUUUUUUAAGAUUUAGAUUUGCUUGUUACCAACAAACAUAUUUUAAGAGCUUGAUAUUUAUUUUAAAAUGCCCCGUUGACCUCAUUUUGUACCUGUGUCAAAACCAAAAAUCCAGACUGACGCCUAUCUUUUUAAGACGUUUUUCAGUUUGGGCAUUGACACUGACUAACUGUGGCCCCAUAAAAGAGAAGCAUGACUGCUUCAUUACUUUGGCAAUAAAAUGAGUAGGACAGGGAGUGCAAUGUAAGCAGUGCCAGAGUCCAGCGCACUCAGUCAGCCGUGCACUGGUUCAGCUGCUGUGUUGGGGAUGGUGUUGGAUGCAGCCAGCUUGGGGCUCACACUGACAUUUCACUCCUAGGGAACUUGGAGAUACACAGUCAGGAUGCCCUCUGGGAGGACGAUCAAACUCCUCCUCUACGAACUACUACAGUUCACGUGCCUGAGUGUGCCCAUCUUUGUGGUUCUGGAGCGUUUUGCCUCCCUCAUGAGGUCCGUGAGGCUCAAUGAUACUACAGCCUACUGGCUGGUGGUGUCAGUGUCUAUAGCGUAUGUGACCACUGUGACCCUGUUUAUCUGGGUGCCACUGAAGUUCUUCAUCCUGAAGUCCAGGAGCUUCAUCACUGAUGUUACUAACUGGCGCCCGGUCACGCUUGCUUUUACCCUUCUCAACACUUUGCCAUGUUUUGCCGUUGUCCUUGCCAUCUCACAGGUUCAGGUCCAUGCAGGAAUUUGCCAUGACAAUUUCAGUGAAGUCCCUGUCUCAUUAGUGCUGUUUGCCCUUGUCUGCGUGGACAUUGUGGAGAGAAUUCGGCCAUAUCGCCUCUCAGGACCAGCUGAUAAUUUCGAGUCAGACUUGGAAGACCCUGGGCCUGUGCUGACUCACCUGGAGCAGGUGUCUUCUGUGUCGGCACAGCUGCAGACUAACGGAGGUGAAAACGGACCGACACUGAGGACAGAGUUCAGAAUUGGGUCACCAUCGGGACGUUUGGGAGACGUGGGCAGGUUCAGCGCCUCCCACUCUUCCAGUACAGCCUACCUGUACUCCAGGCAGUCUCACUCGGGUUCCCUCCACUUUUUAUGGGUCAGAGACCCUCGGCAUGAGCUCUUCAUAGACACCUUCAUGUUCUGGUUGGACACAGUGGAGAUGGUUAGGGUGGCUGGCCUUGAGGCAGUCUUCUACUCAGCCUGGGCCUUUCCUACUUACAUCCUGGCUUACCUCUCCAUGCUGCGGGUGGUGCUAACUCCUAACAGUCCUGUACUGGCUGCACUGGGAGUACUGUUACAGGACAUGCCCUUCCUGGUUCUGAGAAUCUGUCUGAUGGGGAUCUUUGGUUAUGUGACCCCAGUGCUUUAUGUCAUGAAGAACCUGCUUGGGUGCCUGUCAUUUGUUUACUUCCUAAGGUUGACCAAACUGAAGAUGUUUAAGAGAAGGAGUAUGUUCUGAGGCCCACGAAGUGGCUUGCUUAAGGCUUGCUUUGGAAUGGGAAAGUUAGAGAUGGCCAACAAAUAAACACAUCACAAAAUAGGC